AGGAGGGGUGUGUGCAGGAACGCAGCUGCUGUGUCGCCGCCGCCGCCGAGCCGAAACUGACCGACCAGCGAGCGUGUCUGGCGACAGCGGAGCGGGAGAGCUGGUGGCGAGCCGUGCUCGGGCCGGUUUAGUGAGGUCGGCGGAUUUACUGGAGUCGGUGGUGUGCAAUGCGGUCCGUGUAACACGUGCGACGAGCGAGCACAACUCUACCGACAUGUAUUGGAUUACUGGAUUGCUCUUAGCAGGCGCCAUGUUGACCUCAGGCCAGCGGCCGGGCGACGGCAACGUGGACGUGAUGGAGGGACAGGACGCCGUGCUGCAGUGCCGCUUCGACCCGGCGCUGGCGGAUGGCGACGACGUUUCCUUCUACUGGAGCCACAAGAACAUCCGCGAGUGGGACACGGUCGCCAUCCAGAAGGACCUCUUCCGGGAGCGAUACAGCGUGGACGCGAAUCCGGUGGAGGGCCGCUACGACCUCACCAUCACGUCGGCCACCUACGAGAACGACAACGGCCAGUUCGUGUGCAAGGUGCGGCGCGUCGGCAGCGGCACCGACCUGCACACGGAGAAGGUGUCGCUGACGGUGCUGAUGCCGCCGAACCCGCCGACAAUCGGCUCGGAGGCGUCCGAGCCGCUGGAGGAGGGCCGACCGGCGCCGCUGUCCUGCAGCUCGGACGGCGGCAGCCCGCCGCCCGAGAUCCGCUGGUACCGGCGCGGCUCGAGCACGCCGCUGCCGGCCGAGCUGACGCUGGCCGAGGACCGCUCGCAGCCGACCGUGUCUCGGCUGACGCUGGAGCCCACGCGCGAGGACAACGGCGAGCAGCUCGAGUGCGUCGUCUGGAACCGCGCCAUGGCCGAGGGCGAGCGACUGCGCGCCGUCACCGACCUCAACGUCAAUUACUACCCGCGCAUCGAGGUCGGGCCGGACAACCCGCUGCGCGUCGAGAUGGGCCGCUCGGUGCAGCUGCAGUGCCGCGUCGACGCCAAGCCGGCCGUGACCAACGUGCGCUGGAUCCGCAACAACGCCUUCGUCGGCACCGACUACACGCUGGCGCUGGAGGACAUCGGCGUCGACGACGCCGGCGCCUACACGUGCAGCGCGGAGAACGCCGUGGCCGAGGAGAAGCAGGACCUGACUCUGGACGUGCUGUACGCGCCGAACGUGCGCGUGCGGCCCGAGCGCGAGGUGCCCGAGGGCGGCAGCGUGCAGGUGCUCUGCGAGGUGGAUGCCAACCCGCAGGCGCAGCACGUCUACUGGCUUCGCGAGGGCGAGCCGGAGUUCCGGCAGGACGGCGCCACACUGCGCCUCAGUCGCGUCUCGGCUGUCGACAACGGGGAGUACGUCUGCGUGGCCGUCAACCACGUGCUGAGUGUGGGCAUGACGGAGCCGGAGGAGCGCGUAGGCAACGCCACCACACGCAUCUUGAUCCGGCACGCGCCAGGUCAGGCUGUCAUCUCGCCCGAGGAGCCGGUGGGCGUGGAGGGCCGCUCGCUGACGCUGAACUGCGCCGCUCGGCCGCCGGGCCACCCGACGCCCAAGUACCGUUGGUGGCGUGCCGACCGGCCCGACACCCCUCUCGGCUUCGGCGCGAACCUGACCUUGGACGGGGUGCAGGCGCGCCACGCCGGGCAGUACCUCUGUGAGCCGGAGAACGAGCUGGGACGUGGCGCGGCCGCCGCCGUCGAAGUGCGCGUGUUCCGCGCGCCCGAGUUCAACACGCGUCUGCAGCCGGAGGUGAAGCGCCCGGUGGAGACGGUGCAGUUCGCGGCCAACUGCAGCGCGCAGGGGCGCCCCAAGCCGUCUGUCGCCUGGCUGAAGGACGGCGUCGACAUCAGCACCGCCGACGGCCUCUACGACGUCAGCAUCGACGAGACGGAGAUGAACGACGGCGCCUUCACCGUCAGCAGCGCGCUGAACUUCCGCGGCCAGGCGCGGCAGGGCGACCGCCUGACCCCGGCCGACCGCGGCAACUACACCUGCCGCUUCGAGAACGUGGCCGGUGAAGCCGAGACCACCAUGUUGCUCCGGAUCAGACACGCGCCGAUCGUGAAAAACGAGUACAAUAUGGCGGCGUUCGACGUGGGCGAGGAGGCGACGAUCGCGUGCCAGAUGCAGGCGUACCCGGCGCCCGUGUUCCACUGGUCGCACCAGGGCGCGCCGCUGGCCGCCGACUCCAGUGGCUUCUACGACACCAACACCACCGAGCUGGGCAACGACGUGCACCAGUCGGUGCUGCGGCUGGCCAGCGUGCGGCUCGGCGACUACGGCGAGUACGUCUGCCAGGCGCAGAACGAGGAGGGCGAGCACAGCACCUCGCUGCGGCUGCAGGCCAAGAGCCGGCCGGACCCGCCGACCGAGCUGCGCGCGGCCGAGCUCGGCACCAGCUGGGCGCUGCUCGACUGGAGGCCCGGUUUCGAUGGCGGCUACCGCGGCACCAUCCACCACGUGACGCUGGUGGACGAGCGCGGCAAGGAGCGCGCCUUCGACUGCCAGACGCGCCGGCCCUGCAACGUCACCUCGCUCCAGCACCGCUCCACCUACCGCUUCAGGAUCCGCGCCAACAACGAGAAAGGCAACUCAGACGACUCGCAGCAGAUGCAGUUCACCACGCAGCUGGACCUGAGCCAGCUGCCGCAGCCGCAGCGCGCGCAGUUCGAGCGCGGGUCGCGUCAGCUCAGCUUCCACGUGGUCAGCUCGGCCAUCGACGUGGUCGGCAUGCUGGACGUCAGGUCUGAUGAGGGCGACUGGCGGCCGGUCGAGCAGCCGGUGCCCGUCUCCAACAACCGCGGCCUGGCCGAGCUGCCGGCCGCGCUGGGCCCGGUGGCCGACGUGCGGACGCGGCUCUGCCUGCGCGGCAACACGUCCGUCUGCGGGCCGCCGGUCCAGGCCGAGAAUGUGGCCGCCGGCUCCGUGCUCCCCGCUUCCCUCGGGGUGCCCGUGACGACCAUCAUCAUCAUCGUGGUCGUGGUGAUCGUGCUGGUGGCGGCGCUGGUGCUGGCCUUCAUCUGCUGCCGCCGCGGCAAGAUGGCCAAGAAGACCAACAAGGCCUUCAAUGACGAUGCCUACAACCGUCAGAAACUGCCGGCGUAUUAUCCGCCGGGCGGCGGGCCGGACAACAAGCCGGGCGUGGACGCGACCAACCUGGCGCGGCUGAACCAGGACCCAACGAAGGUCAUUUACGGCGCGCGGCCCGGGUACGAGCACAGUGCGGCCGCGCCGGAGCACGUGCCAGCCAGCACCCAGCCGCCGCCAAACGGCGCCAUCAACAUGGCCUACAUGGAGAACAGCUACUCCAACUCCAACAACGGCGGCUCGGUCAACUCCCAAGACUCGCUGUGGCAGGUCAAGGCCGGCAACCCGGACAACCGCUCCCAUGGGAACCCGGACAACCGCUCCUACAGCAACCCGGACAACCGUUCCUACGGCAACCCCGACACACGCUCCUACGGCAACCCGGACAACCGUUCCUACGGCAACCCCGACAACCGCUCAUACGGCAACCCCGACACACGCUCCUACGGCAAUCCGGACAACCGCUCCUACGGCAACCCGGAGGGGCGACCGUUCACGUACGACCCCAACAACUACGACCCGGCGCAAGCCAAUUACCUGCCGGACCAGCCGCUGGGCUACGGCGACUACGGCCAGUUCCCGGCGCAGCAGGCGUACCCAACGGACGCGGCGUACCCGGCGCAGGACGAGUACGGCCGGCCAUACGAGUCGGACCCGUACGGCGCCGUCGGCGGCCGCGGACGGCCUCACCACGCAGACGGCGGGUACCGGGACGUGUCGGGUCUGCCCGACCCGUACGCCGACCAGGAGCCGGACAACAAGCCGCAGGUGUCGUUCGACGAGUCGUUGGAGAGCGGCUACUCGACGCCCAACUCGCGGAGUCGCCGGGUCAUACGGGAGAUAAUUGUGUGAGGCCGGACGCUGCGCUAGCACCAGUGAGCCCCGCCGCGGAGGCCCAGGGCGGGGCCGAGCCGCCGCCGAGGCGCCCGGCCCUCCCCGGAGCCGCAGCGAGUCGCGUUGCGAGGCGGCCCGGGGCCCCGGCCCCGACCAGGCCCCUUCGCUGUGAUAAUCGGCCCCGGAGGCCUCUUCCCACGCGCAUGGCCGGCCAGUCAUUGUGAUAGUAGUUCUGACUGCUCAAAGCUAGGACUUGCAUCAGACGUGGAGCCGUAGCAGAGUGGCGAGCGCGCAGCGAGAUAUUCGCACGUUCAUAGCAUCGCAGGGCGUUGCGUUGAUACUUGGAAAGGUCACAUUUGUGGAUGCGAGAAGAAUGGCUGGUUUGAUGUCCGAAUGUUCGCACUUGACGCCGCGACCAAAUGAUGCAAACACUUGACUCAGUGUCAUAGGGCAGCAACAUGCAGUGUGAGUGGGCCGAUCAUGGGUGCAAGUACGAAUGAAACGCAUGACGGAAGGAAAUCUCCGCGAGAGAGAAUAUUAGCGUUUAUGUAAGGGUUUGCUGUUGGAAAGCGACUCUUUCCGCGGGCCAACGUACUUAAAGUGUACCUCCCUGAAGCGCCAACAUGCGUCUGCAGUCUUAUGUCGUGACCAGUGUUCGCAAAUGCUUCAUCGCCACGAAUCGAGUGGUGCGUGCCUUCCUUUUGGCGGUCGUCGCAACUUCCUCACGUGUCCUGUACAUAUCCAUGCGACCGGCGUGCGUGCAAGCGUGCCUGGGCAGGCACCCUGUCCGCACUCGGAGGUGCCAUGUGCCAAGGGUCCGGUCGGCCGCGUGCUCGGCGCGCUCUUCUGUCGGGCGUGGCCGACUUCCGCCCAGAUGCCUGCGAUCUCAGACAUUGAGGCGACUGCGGCGACCCACUGACGCCGCACUGAGCAGCUGCGGCCUCCCUCGGCGCCGCUCGGAGCACAGCGCUGCUCUACCGCAGGCUGCCGCGCUGAUGCUGAACUGCCAGCUGCCGUCCGCCGACACUGUACUGUGCGUGGGACGGUGGUGCAUUGCCGACUUGUUGUGAAUACAUUCUAUUGUUAAGAGUAUGUGCGAUGCUUUCAUGUGCCGCUUCGAUGUCUAACGGGAAUACACAGUAGAAUACUGAU